AUGGCCACUCAUGAAUCAUAUAGUACUCUUUGCGCCCUGGCCCUUUGUCUAAUGGCGGCUGUUGCAGCAGCAGAUUAUGGUGAUAACCAUUAUCAUCAUAAGUCUCCGCAUCACCAUUAUAAGUCACCUUCAUCACCGUGGUUGCCUCCAUAUCUUUAUAAAUCUCCACCACCGCCAUCGUCUUAUAUCUAUUCAUCUCCUCCACCACCACCUUAUGUUUACAAGUCACCCCCGCCUCCUCCUUAUGUCUACUCGUCUCCACCACCGCCGCCUUACAUUUAUAAUUCUCCUCCUCCACCUCCUUAUAUUUACACAUCUCCACCACCACCACCCUAUGUUUAUAAAUCUCCACCACCACCUCCCUAUGUAUACUCUUCUCCUCCACCACCACCUUACAUUUACAAGUCUCCUCCACCCCCUCCUUACGUUUACUCAUCCCCUCCUCCACCACCUUACGUUUACAAGUCACCUCCUCCACCACCAUACGUUUACAAGUCACCUCCUCCACCAGUAUAUGUGUACUCUUCCCCUCCUCCACCAUCUUACGUUUACAAGUCACCUCCUCCACCUUCAUAUGUUUAUAAGUCACCUCCUCCACCUGCAUACGUCUACUCUUCCCCUCCUCCACCAUCUUACAUUUACAAGUCUCCUCCUCCACCUGCAUACGUUUACAAGUCACCUCCUCCACCUGCAUACGUUUACAAGUCACCUCCUCCACCUGCAUAUGUGUACUCUUCCCCUCCUCCACCAUCUUACGUUUAUAAGUCUCCUCCUCCACCUGCAUACGUUUACAAGUCUCCUCCUCCACCUGCAUAUGUUUACUCUUCCCCUCCUCCACCAUCUUACGUUUAUAAGUCACCUCCUCCACCUGCAUACGUUUACAAGUCACCUCCUCCACCAUCUUACGUUUACAAGUCUCCUCCUCCACCUGCAUACGUUUACAAGUCCCCUCCUCCACCUGCAUAUGUGUACUCUUCCCCGCCUCCACCAUAUUACGUUUACAAGUCACCUCCUCCACCUUCAUACGUUUACAAGUCGCCUCCUCCUCACAACAUUUUUACAUCUAUAUAUGUUGUUUUUCAUGAAAAUGUUUUUCCAUAUAAUAAAAAUGAAAAGUGA